AUGCGUGAGGGAGGGGAGAGGAAGGAGGAGGAAGGGAACAAGAAAGGAGGAGGAACGGAAGGAGAUAGGAGACAUGUUCCUGGCGACCAGGAUGACGAUGAAGGGGAUGGAUUGAGGCAGGGAGGAGCAAGAAAAGUGGCCAGAAGGCUGGAACGAAAGGGAGGGAGGGGGACGGCAAAGGUGCAAGUGGAGGAAGAGGAGGGCGAGAUCGACAACGGGAUGGAAAGUCUGUCUCGAAGGGCAAAGGGGAGGAGAAGAGAGGCCAAGGAAGAUCGGGAAGACAGGGGAAUCAGGGACCGUCGCGCAAAGCACUUGGAGGAGGCGGUCACGACAGCAAACAGGACGGCAACAUCUUGGGCUGACCUCGCCAAGAGGAGCGUCCCGGUAGCUAGCAAUGGAGAGGCCGAGGGGCAUGUUGAAGCGUCAGCGAGGAGUGAAACCAGUGCUGAGCCUCAGGACAAGGACAAGGAGGGAAAGGAAGAAGUUGGGGGGGAAGGGGAGCAAGAGAAUCAGGAUGCAGGAGGCGUCGAAACUGCUGAGGUUAAAGCGCACAAGCCUCCAGCAUGGGGAAACGGAAGUACGACAGACAAGGACGUGCUGUUGAAGAUUGAAUCUCUCUUGGACCCUUCGCUACAUCUCGAACUGCCUUCUCGACAACCGAGGGGGAUGGUGAACAUGGGGAACCUCUGCUUCAUGAACGCUGUCUUGCAGAGCUUGAUCGGGUGCCGGGCGUUCUUUCAGCUUCUCCAUGGCCUGCUGAACUCUCACAUUCCUCGCGAGCUGAAGACGCUCUCCAGCUUCGUCAGCUUGGCUUCAGAGUUUGUUGAGCUCGAGACUGCUCCCCCUCCGUCACAAGAUGUCAAGGACGCCAACAAAGAAGCAAAGGAGACAUCGUCUACAGAUGCUGCUGCUGCAGCCGUUCUAGUGAGGAGUCUCAAGAGCUCAACGCCCUUGAAUCCGGGUUAUUUUUUCGAUCUUGUCAGCACCUUUGCUCCUACAGAUCCUGUCAGGCCAGGACGAGGAAAGGCGAGGCAAGAAGACGCGCAGGAGUUCCUUUCCUUCCUCUUAAAUUGCCUGCAUGAUGAGUUCGUAUCGUUCGAGAAUCGAGUGUUGAGCGCCGACGGCAACGGUCCGAACGGGGGUUCGGGGGAAGAUGGCGGGUCCUCUACGACGGGAGCAGAUGCAAGUCCCGACGACGACGACUGGCAGGAAGUUGGUGGACACGCCAAAGUUACCUUUGUCCGAAAGUUGAAUAUGGAGACUUCUCCCGUCUCCAAAAUAUUCGGAGGACAGUUCAGGACAACAAUCCGCUACAGCUCUACGAAGGCCUCUGCCUCGUUAGAACCUUUCCUGUGUAUCAACCUCGACAUCGCUAUGGAAUCGAGCCACAAGGACGUCAAGUCCGUAACCCUGCAUGAAAUCAUCAGCUCCUACUUUAAGCCGGAGAAGUUGGACGGCGUCGUCAACGGAUGCCAGGAGGGGAAGGCGCAACGGCAUGCUCAGAUCGAGAAGGGACCAGACGUUCUUGUCCUCCAUCUCAAACGAUUUCGCUUCGACGGCGCGUCAGCCCACAAGAUCUUAACGCGAGUCUCUUACCCGGAUACGCUCUCACUCGAGGAAUACUGCGUCAAGGGAGUUGGCCAAGACUUCCAGCAUUACAGGCUGGUGGCUGUCGUCUCCCAUCACGGCAGCAAGAUGCAUCAUGGGCACUACACUUCAAUGGUGAGGCAGCCCACCGGCCAGUGGAUCCGCCUCGACGAUCACAACCUGGAGAUUGUGCUCGAGCAAGAGUCCUCCUCUGCCUGCUUCCAUCCACUCAGUCUUCUCCCAUCUCCCCCUUGCCCCCCUCUCAAGUGCUGGACGAGCAACAACACGCUUACCUGCUCAUGUACGAGAGAUGUGUAGGUUCUAAAGAAUGAAAGCAUACGAGUCCG